UCCUUAUCGUGCACUGGACCUCUCCUGGAACCUUCCGACACAACCUAAUGGAGUCUUGCGACGAUGCACCAUAACAGAGACCAGCUCCAGUAGUAGUGCCAGUAUCCCAAUAUCUGUACUCACAUCACACACUCUCAGUAACAGGGAUCCAGGCACUGACUACACAUUCGAAUUGACAUGCGCUAACAUGUUUACUAGCCCGGCUGUUACCAUGAGCGGGCGAACAUCAGUGGGAGUGGCGCCCCCUCGACUGGUCCUCGGGGCAACCAACACUGACAACAAUGUCGUCACAGUCACCGUGACUCCAUUGUCUACGUUUGGUCCCCAUAGCUAUUAUCAGGUGAUCGUCUCCAGUGUACCGCUCACCAACACGGCAACAACUAUCGCUACCAGCGAUCUUCUACCAUUUUCUGAAGCAACUAAUGGGUACUAUGUGACGUGGUUUGCUACCUCUAAUAAUGCUGAUACAGCACGAAUUAUCAUGAUUGGCACUGGAGCUCCCACUAGCACUAUCAACCGUGACACUACCUACAUCAACCAAGCCUUGCAGCCUGGACAAUACUAUGUCUUUGUCAGGCUCUACAAUGAUACUAGGGGCUAUGGUGACUCUGUUGUGGUGACCAUAAAUAUUCCUACUCCUCUGCCAGUAGCUGCUGUUAUAGUGCCUAUAGCUCUGUUAGCUAUCAUCCUUCUGGUGGUGCUGGUGGCUCUGCUUAUAUUCGCUGUAUGGCGUCUCCAAGGUCCCCCACGGCGACGUGCAUACAUCCCUGGAGAGAAGGGCAUGUCAGACGGGAAAGGUCGAAGGUCAAACAAUAUCGAACUGAGGAGAACCAGACUAUUUGCUCCCAUGCUCAACGUCGGGUCACCUGAUGUGUUCACGUCAGCCGGGCAGCCCACCACCCUCAUGUGCGAGGCCUCAGGCACACCAGCACCCGAUGUCACAUGGACUAGAGACGGAGAGCCGCUGGACAAGGAGAGGUUCAUCCAACUGGCUGACUCGUCCCUCUUUGUCAACGAUACAGACCUUCAGGAUGAGGGAGAGUAUGUGGUGACUGCCAUCAACUCAGCUGGCCAGGCCGAGCAACUUGUGAAGGUCACCGUGCUGCGACCCGUGCCCCCGGAGCCUGAUGCAGACCACCCUCCUGUCAAGGCCGGGGACUUCACUGAGAAACUGGCUCUCCUCAGGGCAAAUGAUGACGAGGCUCUCGAGGACGAAUAUUCUGAAAUUGAGUUGGACUGGACAUUCACAAGUUAUGCUGCCAAACUCAACAUCAACAAAAACAAGAAUCGUUACAUCAACAUCAUUCCAUAUGAUCAUUCUCGUGUGGUGCUCUCCCUCCAAGACAGCACUCCAGGCUCUGACUACAUCAAUGGCUCUUAUGUUGAUGGCUACAACCACUCCAACGAGUACAUAGCCACUCAGGGACCUAUUCCCUCAACCUUCCCUGACUUCUGGAGGAUGGUCUGGGAGAUGGACUCACCCACCAUCGUCAUGGUGACCAACCUCAAGGAAGAGGACAAGGUCAAGUGCCACCAGUAUUGGCCCUCAUAUGGCACCACCACGUAUGGUAACAUCCAGGUGACCCUCAAGGAGGUGGAGAACCUGGCAGAGUACUCCAUCAGGACCUUCACUGUCACACCACUUGCUGGUCAGAGCCGUGCCCAGAUGCCAGUCCGUGAGGUACGUCAGUUCCACUUCCUGGUGUGGCCUGAUCACGGUGUGCCUGUGUACGCCACUGCUCUCCUCACCUUCCGUAAGAGAGUCCUCCGCUAUCACCCAGCCAAGAGAGGGCCCAUGGUCGUCCAUUGCAGUGCUGGUGUGGGGCGCACUGGCACCUUCAUCACCAUUGAUGUGUGUCUGAACCAGGUUGAGGGUGAGAGCAACCUCGACAUCUUCAACUAUGUCCGCCAUAUGAGGUUCAGAAGAAACUACAUGGUUCAGACCGCUAGUCAGUAUGUGUUCAUCCACGACGCUGUACUGGAGUCAAUCAUGUGUGGAGACAACUCCAUCCCAGCUCCAGAGCUGAAGAGUAAACUACAGUCACUUGUCGAAGUGAACGCAGACACAGGGAAGUCGACCUUUGAACUCCAGUUCGAGACGCUCAACUCUACCAGUCCUGCUGACGAUGAGUUUGACUGCUCUGUAGCACAGCUCCCUGACAAUGCCGCCAAGAACAGGUUUAAGGAGCACCUCCCCUCUAACGACUGCAGAGUGGUCUUGUCGAGUGAAGACGAUCAGUGUGACUACAUCUGUGCCAGCGCCCUCGACGGCUACCGUCACCGUAACAACUUCAUAGUGACCCAGGCCCCCCUCACGGAGACAGUGGGUGACUUCUGGCGCAUGGUGUGGGAGCAGAAGUCAGCAGCUAUCAUUAUGCUGACUCAGCUGGAGGAGGACGGACAGGAGAUGAGUGUCAAGUAUUGGCCGGGUACCACUGGAGAGGCAGGGGUGUUCGGAGGCUACCAGCUGGAGCUCAGUGAGGACGAGAAGAACAAGGGAGACUACAUCACACGUCGAUUCAAGCUCUCCCCCGUCGACAAUCCUCAGGAGAGUCGCAUGGUGACCCAGUUCCACUUCACCUGUUGGUCUAAGAAAACGCCCCCUGAGGGCACACACUCCAUCCUGGACCUCAUCGAUGAGUUGCAGCGCGUGCAGAGGAAGUCUGGCAAUGGCCCAAUCACCGUGCAUUGCGAUAACGGCCUUGGACGCAGUGGUGCAUUCUGUACCCUGUACACUGUGCUGGAGAGGGUGAAGGCAGAGCAGGUGGUGGACGUGUUCCAGGCCAUCAAGACCCUCCGUAUCCAGAGGGUGGGGCUCAUGGAGUCACUGGACGAGUACAUCUUUGUUCACAAGGCUGUUGUUGAAUUCCUGGAGUCGUUCUCUGACUACCAGAACUUCAAGUAACCAAGGCAACUCGCCUCUUGUCAAUGAAUAACUUUGGUAUUGAAAUGUGUACCUUAAAAUAAUCAGUUAGGCUUUUUGUUUUUGUAAUGUAGGGAAAAAAACUUUGCAACGAUAAUUACUGUAGCUGUUCAUGUAUGAUAUCCCUGUGAUUAUGAUAUCCCUGUGAUUUUUGCUGUGUGUCGCAUUUAGUUUGUGAAUGAAAAGUUUCUUCCAG